ACAAUCUCCAUCUCCAUCUUCAUCUUCAUCUCCAUCUCUGUCUCUUGUAUAAAGAUAAUCCCACAAGUCUCAAAACUAUUCCCUUCUCUUUCCCUCUCUCUCUCUCUCUCUCUCUCUCUUCACCAUGACUGAUCCUUAUUCCAAUUUCUUCACAGACUGGUUCAAGUCCAAUCAUUUUCACCAUUACCCUAGUUCCUCCGCUAACCGUUCUCCUCCUCCUCUUCCUCCCUCUUCAUUCUUUUUCUUCCCUCAAUCCGGCGACCUCCGCCGUCAACCACCGCCACCAACUCCUCCGCCUUCGCCUCCUCUCCGUGAAGCCCUCCCUCUCCUCAGUCUCAGCCCCGCCAACAAACAACAAGACCACCAUCAUAACCAUGACCAUCUAAUUCAAGAACCACCUUCCACCUCCAUGGAUGUCGACUACGAUCAUCACCAUCAUCAAGAUGUUCAUAGCCUCGAUGACGAUGGCCAUGACGUCACCGUCGCUCUUCACAUAGGUCUUCCAAGCCCUAGUGCUCAAGAGAUGGCCUCUUUGCUCAUGAUGUCUUCUUCUUCAUCUUCCUCGAGGACCACUCAUCAUCGUGAGGACACGAAUCACAAGAAAGAUCUCGACCAUGAUUGCAGCCACGGCGCCGCCGAAGGAGGAGAAGAUGACGAUGAAGAUUCCGUCGGCGGAGACGGCGGCUGUAGAAUCAGCAGACUCAACAAGGGUCAAUAUUGGAUCCCUACACCUUCUCAGAUUCUCAUUGGUCCUACUCAGUUCUCAUGUCCUGUUUGCUUCAAAACCUUCAACAGAUACAACAACAUGCAGAUGCAUAUGUGGGGACAUGGAUCACAGUACAGGAAAGGACCUGAAUCUCUAAGGGGAACGCAGCCAACAGGAAUGCUAAGGCUUCCAUGCUAUUGCUGCGCACCAGGCUGUCGCAAUAAUAUUGACCAUCCAAGGGCAAAGCCUCUCAAAGACUUCAGAACACUUCAAACACAUUAUAAGAGGAAACAUGGGAUCAAACCUUUCAUGUGUAGGAAAUGUGGAAAGGCUUUUGCGGUCCGAGGGGAUUGGAGAACACAUGAGAAGAAUUGUGGUAAGCUUUGGUAUUGCAUAUGUGGAUCAGAUUUCAAGCACAAGAGAUCUCUCAAAGAUCACAUCAAAGCUUUUGGUAAUGGCCAUGGAGCGUAUGGUAUUGAUGGGUUUGAUGAAGAAGAUGAGCCUGCUUCUGAGGUAGAACAAUUAGACAAUGAUCAUGAGUCAAUGCAGUCCAAAUAGUUUAUAUAAAUUAGUAUCAGUACUUACUUAGUAAUUCGGUAUAUAUUAAUUAUAAGAAACCUAAAUCUAUGGACCAAGUUUUGAUGGAGGUAGGGCUUUCCAAAGUAAAAGCUAUACCAUCUAAUUGAUCAUAGAAAAAAAUGAAUCAAGAUUACUUGGAAAUUUUUAAAUUGUAUUUCUAGCUUUCUAGUUAAAUUUAUUGCAAGAAAAUGUAGCACUCUAACAUAUGAGGUUUCAAUGGUUUCUAUUUGUAUAUAUUAUUUUUCAUUUCAUUAGUUUUUACCUUUCGUUUUGAAGAAUAAUUAGAUAAAUUUUAAACGUUUGGAUUAUAUUUGUUAGGAUGGUAAAAGACUAGAAAAGUAGAUGCUAUACAUCCAUGCAUGCAUUAUGUUAAGAAUUUCUCUAUAUAUACGAUAGUCUAGAUCAAAAUGAAUAUUUCCAAUCUUUAAUUUGAGUAAUAUAUAUUAGAUUCUAGUUUUUUUUUUGUUCCCAAAAGAUAUUUAUUUUCUGGUGGAGUUUUAUCUUUGAAGUUAUUGUAUAAGAAUACUUAUGAUACUUAAUUGUCUAGUGACAUCAUGGAGAAUAAUGAGAGAAUGGACACUAGAGAAUAUUACUACUCAA